AUGGUGCAUCGUGAUUCUGAGCAUAAUAAUCCAAAUGUGAAAUUCCAAUUCAAUGAAGAAAACAAAAAGAAGCUGGAAGUCCUUAUAUCAAACUACCCGGAAGGACACAAAGCAGCUGCACUGAUUCCGGCUUUAGAUCUUGCACAACGUCAGCAUGGAUGGCUUCCAAUCUCGGCAAUGCAUGAAGUCGCCCGACUUUUGGAUGUUCCACGAAUGCGUGCAUAUGAAGUAGCAACUUUCUACACCAUGUUCAAUAGGCAGCCUAUAGGGAAGUACCAUUUGCAGGUCUGUGCAACUACUCCAUGCAUGCUACGGGGCGCGGAAACUAUUACAGAGACGAUCGAAAAAGCUCUCGGUAUUCAUGCUGGUGAAACCACGAAGGACGGUUUAUUCACACUAACGGAAGUAGAGUGCUUGGGCGCUUGUGUAAAUGCUCCAAUGAUCCAGAUCAAUGAUGAUUACUACGAAGAUCUAACCGUACAAGAUGUGAACGAUAUAUUAACUGAUCUAAAGGAAGGACGUCGUCCGCAUCCAGGUCCUCGAUCCGGACGUCUAGCCGCCGAACCAAUGGGAAAGCUGACAUCUUUGACUCCUUCAAUACCCUCGGGUGGCUUAAUUGUGACCCUUCGUUUAGGAGCGUAA